AUGAAACACAACGGAAUUAAUAAUAAAGUGGAAAAUCCUCCUGAGGUUAAUGCCUAUGGAAUGAAAUGUGAGACAAUGAAAAAGAUGAAUUAUUUGUAUGGCUUUGAAAAUGCCAACUUUCAUACACCAUCACCACGCAGUUCACUAUUCCGAAGAAGAUCAAGUAAAUCAAGUAUGACAAAUUUCGAAAAUAAAAACAAUUCACAAAAAUCAAAUGAUGAGAAGACUAAUGAAUUUCCACGGACUUCACGACAAAUGACUACUGCAAAGAAGACCCAUAAAGACUUGUCACCACCGAAAAUUCUACUGGAUAAUAUUCCACCAGAAUCUUCAUAUGCAGCAAAGAAAGUGGACAGUUUAAAAGAUACUCAAAAGAAUUCUUCAUCUGAUAAAGAAAAUGAAUCUAGUUCAACCGUUGGUAGAUCAUCAAAAGUUAACGUUCCAACUUCUAAUCGUUUGCCAGUUUCUAGUAAACGACUGCUAUCUGCAGCUGGGGAACGCAAAGCAGAGAGCCGCAUUAAUGGGCCAUUCACUAUUCAGUUUAUUAUGAGUUCACCUGCAUGUGUAGAAAAAGGUUGGACAAACGAGAAUAUAUUAGUCAGUUUUAUGAAUACAAUGGAGUGGGCUCAUUCACGUUUAACAAAUGCAAUGAAAAAGAAUAAAGCAGAUUAUUAUUACGAAGAUCUUCAGUUUGUUCACUACUGUCAGCCACAAUAUAUCACUUAUUCAAGCAUGUUAGGUGUAAAAAGGCUAAAGCUUUUGUCGCUAACUCAUUUAACUUCAACUAAUGAUCCAACACUGACCAAUAAUGCUAAUAAAUGUAUGACUGGAGAUGUUACUACUGACAAAAGAAUAUCAGUAGGCAGUGAAGAUUUUGUUGAAAAUAAAGUCAAACUAUUGUUUAAAAUUGGUUUUGAUAAAGUUAAAGAAGAGAGGUUACCAGCUAUGAAAAUAUAUCAAAUUAUGUCCAGCACAUCAGUGCCUAGUUUAACUUCAAUCCAACCUUACAGAAAUUUAUUUAUGGAGGAAUUUGAACGACACGUCAUGGACAAUAUGACACUAUUGACGAUAGCAAAUCUCAAUGUUAUUAAACAAGUUGAAAUGAUCUCUAGGAAUAUUGUUAAACUGAAUGAUAAGAAAGAUGUGAGUAACAAUUCAGAAGCUACAUUAAAGUUGUGUAUGAAGAAAAUGGCCAGUGUUUUACAAUCACAACAAAAGUCAAUGAAGCAGAUUGAAAAUACAAAAGUGGAACAAUCACAUCCAUGGUUUUCAUAUUCUUCAGAUGGAACACUUACAGUCAGAUAUCCUUGUGGUUCACCAGCUAUUAUAUGGUCAUCAAGUCCUUUACUGUGUCACCAGUCAUACACAAAUAUUCACAGUCAUGAUUCAUCAUCAGUGAACCGAGUUAAAGCAAGUGAUACUAAAAUAAAGAAUAUUAAAGAGACCAAUCCGUCAAUUUUUACACAAAGAUCAAAUACAAAUAUCUCUAGUACUCACAGUGGUGGUGGUGUUAGUUUAAAUAGUGCGAACUUGCUGAGUAAACGAAAGAUGACUUCAAAACGUGAGAAUGCUAAACAACGUACAGGGUUUUACUUAACACUUUUUGAUAUGCCACUGAAUGAGGAAGGAAGAAAGUUAGACGGUAAUAGUCACAAAUUUGAUCCACAGUUCCCUACAUCUUCAAAUCUGGGUCAUGAUCUAAUGUCAAUAAGUGAAAAGGAAAGUAAUUUGAAUCUGGAUCCUAUUCAAAGAUCAAGAAAUGCCAUAAGAAGACCCAGUUCUAUGCGUGACAAUAUAUCCAGUAGUUGUAGUAUGCACAGUGGUAGUAAUCAGUCUGAAAUGCAUUCAGAACAAUUGAAAUCAGAUGAUAGACAGUCACAUAAUGAAGAUAUAUACACAGAAAAUUUAGCUACUGGCCCUCUGAUUGGUCAGUUCACACCGACUGGUGAAGGUGUAAUCUACUAUCCAUAUAACAGUGAUAACAGUGAUGUAGCAGCAACGACCACAAUGAAAUCAAACAAUGAUAACAGAACAAAACGUUUACCGAUAAACAUUCACGCUAUAUUCACAAAAGAUUAUUGCUAUGUAUUCAAUAAGUCUACUGGAGAUUUAGACUAUCAGUUUCCACGUGUUUCAAACAAAACUCUACAUGAUCCAACAAUACGCUUCCCAGUAUCAUUAGAUAUAAGCUUUAAUCAGUAUAUCAGAUGUAUUUAUACAAACUGUAAUGAUUUGACAGUAAUAUUUAAUACUCAGAAUAAUAUACUACUGAAUAUUGAUUGUUAUCAAAAUCUUUACACAUUUGAAGAAGAAAAUGAUGGUGAAGUUUUGGCGUCUACAGAGGAUGGUGGAUUAAAACAGUGUCACCAGCCUCAGUAUGUCUUAUCAAAACUUCCAUUUUUGAGUUCCAUUGUGGAUGCUUCUAGUCAAAAUAAACAGUUAUUGACAAGUAGACGACGUAAAGAAGAAGGUUUACAAAAGAUAUUUAAACAAAUCCCACCGAUUGGUGAUUUACACACUCUUUCAAGUCAUUUACAGGAAUCUAAGAAACGAAUCAGCUUUCUUUGUGAUCAGUGGUUGGAGAUAAUGCGUUUUAGUUUGGGCCUUCAGCGAUAUCGUAUCCCAUCACCUACAAGUUCACGUCAUCUUCUUCGAUAUAAAAGUAUGGAUCGUAUUACAAAAAGAUUUAAAACAUUCACAAAUAUGUCAGGUUCUUUUCAAAACAAUGACGAAAAUGAUUCAAAACCAUCCAACAAAAGUAAUACACCAGAUGUCAAUAAUCAAUUAAAUACUGGAAAAAAGCCAAUAAAAUCGAUAGAUUUUCACUCUGAAAGAAAUGACAAUAGACGCGAUACAAUUCAUAAUAAUGAAUUGAACAAGAAACCAACAGUAGAAAAGGAUGACAAGCUUUCAGAAGAAGAACUGCCAGUUGUUGAAUCGAAACUCAUGAGAUCGUUAACCACAGUGGACACAAGUUAUUCAAUUGCAAAAGAAGCAAAUAUUUUUCCAGUCGCCUGUCCAGUACUACUUCGACUGUGGUUAGAUGAAAUAAAGAAGGAUAAAUAUUUUAAAUAUUUGAAAAAAACUGAACAAAUUAUCAAUAAGAUCCCAUUGAAAUCCAGUUGUUGCUUAGAUAAUGAUUCAAAGCUAUUGACAAAAGCAUUUAUGGAAGUUUUGUAUACACCGUCAAAAUUUAGUGAUAGUCUGUUAUCAAAUUUGGCGACAAUAUCAAGUAGAGGUUGUCGUUGUAGUCGACAAAUACCACCGGAUAUAACAGAUUUAGAAUUUGAAUUAUUCUUGAAUAAACUGUUACCAUCAUAUCAAGCCGCAGUGAUUAUGGUGUAUGAUUCCCGAUUACCUAAUGCUAUGACAGUGGGAACAUGUGACCUCCUACGGCAGUUAUAUAUAAGGCAACAGUAUACUAUACCAACUCUUCAGCAUACAUUCCCUGGUAAAAGCCAUGUACAAAGUGCACGUGCCAAAAUACCAAGAAGGUUGUACAGUGGAUGGAAAGUUACAGGUACUGGAGCCUGUGCAUCAGUGUCUACAAAAGCUGCAGAUUACCGGUUUAUGUGUUAUAAUCUAGCUCAGAAUAUGAAUAAUAAUAAUGAAGAAGUCUCUUAUCAUGGAGAGCAACCACUACUGUUAAGAAGAUAUCAUGGACGACCAAAACCUGGUGAUUGUCUAAUAUUUAUUAAAGAGAAACUCUGUUUUAUCGGUUCAUCGUUUACAGGCUAUGAAGAAUUACCUUGGACUAAAGAGCAGUUGGACAGAAAAGUGUUUGAAUGCAGAAACAAGUUGAUUUCUCAUGGGUUCUUUUUACCACCUAAUUUUCAUUUAGUUUAA